AUCUUUAUUAUCCUUAAAUUAUUAGAUAUGUUCAGUUAUAUUCCACUUGACCCAUCAUUAACUGUUGGCUCCAAAAUUGGAGAGGAUACAAAUGAUAUUGAAAUGAUGGAGGCAAAUAUGAUAAUUGUGAGGAAAAGUGAUUUUACUAGGCAAUUGCUUAAAUGGUUCGUUAAUAUUCUGAGUAAACUUUCAUUCUUUUAA